UAUUAAUAGUAAUGUAUGAUUGAGAUUUGUUUCUGUUUUCUCCACAAUUUUUUUUUUUUAAUUCAUCAAUAAUAUCACGUCAAAAUCAGAUCAGCAGAAGAUCUUAUUAUAUAUCAAUUACUGCUAAUACAAAGGCACAGAAUAUGAUUAUCUAGAGAGAGUGAAAAUGGAGGGUUGCAGGGUUUACCAGAUUUUAAGUUUACUAUCACUUUUAGUACUCUUUCCAGGGACUUAUGGCUGGGGAACUGAAGGGCAUUUCACAAUCUGUAAAAUUGCUCAGUCUCGCUUGAGUAAAGCAGCUGAAGAUGCUGUGAAACAAUUGCUUCCAGAGUAUGCAAACAAUGACUUGGCGAGUGUGUGUUCCUGGGCAGACAAUGUGAAGUUUCGUUAUCAUUGGUCAUCUGCUCUUCAUUUCAUUGACACCCCAGAUAAACUCUGCACCUACCAGUACAACAGGGAUUGCAAGGAUGAAGAUGGAGUGAAAGGAAGGUGUGUUGCUGGAGCUAUUAACAAUUACACCACUCAGCUUCUCGGCUACGACGGUGCUUCAUCUCAAUCUGAAUAUAAUCUCACAGAAGCACUUCUGUUCCUUUCUCAUUUUAUGGGAGACAUUCAUCAGCCGCUUCAUGUGGGAUUUACUUCAGAUAGAGGAGGAAACACAAUUGAUGUCCACUGGUACACAAGGAAGCAAGUUCUUCACCAUGUCUGGGAUAGCAAUAUCAUUGAAACAGCUGAAGAAAGGUUUUAUGAUUCAAAUAUUGAUGGAUUUGUUGAUGCAAUACAACAGAAUAUUACGACUAAAUGGGCAGAUCUAGUCAAAAAAUGGGAGACCUGCAGCUUAAACAAGACAACAUGCCCAGAUAUAUAUGCAUCAGAAGGUAUAAAAGCAGCCUGUGAUUGGGCAUAUAAAGGUGUAACCGAAGAUUCAACACUAGAAGAUGAAUACUUCAACUCCCGUUUACCUAUCGUAAAUUUGCGGUUAGCUCAAGGUGGAGUUCGACUUGCAGCCACUCUUAACCGUAUCUUUGGAUGAGCAAGUAUUUGUGUUUGGUCAAAGUAUGGGCGAAUCUUAAUAAAAUAUGGAGAUAUAAUGAUACAUCACAUGUUAAGCAGCUUCAGGUAUUGCUCGCAGAAAUGGGAAAAAUAAUUGUUCAAAGCAUUUUAUCAUUCUGUAAUACAGAGAUAUUAGUUUAUAUGAAUGGAAGUCCACUGUAAUCUUAUAAUUUAAACUAGACUUAAAGAAUGAUUU